GUUAUUCUUUAGCGCAAAGYAUAAUUUUUAUUCAGAAACCAAAUCAAUAUUUCGCGACCAAAAUGGCCGAAAGUAAGACAGUUAUAUACCUCGUCAGCAGACUCUUUUUCGCUUUGUUCUUUAUUGCUAUAUURAUAGCAAAAGGGAAGAGACAUACUGAGACGUUCAAGGAAAAAUCAGUUGCAGACGUGAAGUUGCAGAAAUUGCAUGAAAACUGGUGUAAAGUCCGCAACGAAAGGAUAGAUAUGAAAUCUAAAUUGAAACCUUGUAACUUUGAUAUUUCAUGGAAUUCUCGCAAAGAUGAUGAUCAAAGAAAAGCUCUGUCGACAGACGCUUCGAAGAGUGACAUUAUUAACUUUGAUAUCAACCCAGCUGGUGAGUUUAGCAGUUUUUUAAUUCAAUCUCGAACCAAAGACGGUCAAAAUAAAUCAAUCGGAGGUGAUUCAUGGAGAAUUACGCUUCGCGGUCGAUCGACUGUAGUUCCAACGAUAUUUGACUUGGCAAAUGGWCGAUAUGAAGUGAUAUUUCUUAUGGCUGAUCCAGGGGUUUAUAAACUGGACAUUACAUUGGAUUAUUCAUUGUGUGAUGGUUACAGAGAUCCACCGGAUGACUUUUUUAUCAAAGGAAAUGCACAAGGAAAACAGCAACCAGACGGGCUGCUAGGAGGUCACGCCAAGAAGGACUACUUGUUGCAAAAGUUUCAAGAUGGCCGCGAAAUUCUCAUCAAUAUUCCACUUCCAAAGCAUGAAGGAUUUUUCUUUAUGCACACUCAACAUGGUGUUCAAUCUCAAUAUGAUCCCAUGUGUCAGUCUAAAUGUGCUUAUAUGUGGGAUGGCUAUGGUAGAUGGGAUAACGAUGUAUGGUUUCCAUAUCUCACAGGUUUAAAKAAAGCUUUAAAGCCAAUGCAAUCUCAAAGUMAACGCUUUAAUUACAGUACACUUCUUAUUUAUGGCGAUUCCCAAGCUGAUAGGAUGUAUCAGGCCAUACAGCACUCCCCAAUUUGCACUGAAAUCUUCAAAUCAUGCAAGGUAGUCAAACUGUGGACCUAUCGAUUUGAGGGCGGAAUGCCACCAAAAGAUGACUUAGAUUUUGAUCCUGGAAAACUGCUUUCAGGGAUCAAAGAAGAUCUUCAAGAACCAGACAUGGAUAAAAACAGUGUUGUGAUAAUUAAUCUUGGGCUUCACUACGUCCUAGGGAUCUCCUUCACUCGUUUUCAGGCGUUAUUAAAAGACGUUGUUUAUCUGCUGAAAUCAAAUAUCGUGAAAGGAAAAAUUAUCUGGAAGACAACGACAUCUUUGAGCAAGGAAAAGGAUACAGAUAGYUUGUUGUUUUCUGACCAAAAAAGGUUUUUGAAUUUGCCUAGAGUUGAGCUGUUCAAUUCAUUCUCAACCAAGAUUAUGUGUGAUGCAGGUUUUGAAGUACURGAUGUUUUUCCAAUCACUCGCGGGUUUCCCGAGGGAACUGGUGGACCAAUGAUAGCAUAUUACAAAGAACACGACAUAGUUCACUUCAAGACUUACGUAUUAAAGCCGGUGGAAGUGUUCCUCGAGAAGUACUUCCGUGGAGAAAUUUCUUAUCCGAUUUCAUUCUUAAAUUAUAAAUUCAUGUAACCAAAUAAAGAAUCAUUCUAGUGUCACAACCACAAUGUAUUUAACACUAAAUGCUUUUAACAUCUUAGCUGGUUCUCGAUGCGAAAUGGAAAAUAGGAAGUCUUUGAGUAUUUGGUGUUAAACUGUUCUUGGAAAAACAGGCUACAACAAUUGAGUUCCGACGUAGUGACGAUAAAUACUUCGUUCAUUAUAUUAAAACAACAAAUUGAUGUUUUUCGAGGUUUUAUCAAAACUGAAAUGAAUAUGAUAAUGGUUUUGGUGCGCAAUGACAGACCGCGCACUUGUUUUUUAACCUAUAUAUAAUAAUGACCAAUAUAAGAUUUAAAUCCGUGGGCUUUUAUGCUCAUCACGUCGUUUCUUUCAACAAUAUCACUUACAGAUUUUCAAGAAAUAUCAUUAGAAAAAACGAGAAAGCAACCCCAACUUCAACAUUAUGCCUUAUCAUAACUACACUAUUGUCUCUAAUCAAGCUGUUUACAUCAAUAGUUUUCCAUAUAUUUGAAUCUCCAUAUAUGACCGUGCUGGAUAAGCUUGAGUAUCUAUAAGAAAAGUUCUACUCUCUUGAGAAAAAAAUCAUAAAAAUAACAGAAAACUUGCAGACUUGUUUUUUUUAUAAGUUYUUUUAUUACUCUAGUCUAGAAAGUCAUCAAAAUCUCAGAUAACCAUUAUAGCUACCUUAAAUCAUGAAGUGCUUCUAGCUGUCUAUAGCGUACGUGUGGU